AUGUCUCUUCUUUCUCAAAUUCGAGGAGGGUUGGCAACCGCGCAGCACGAGCUGUCCAAGCAUGCCAACGCAGGAGGCAUUCAUCACGCCAUCGGAAAUGUUCAGACCGGCAUCUAUUCCAUCGCAGCACGCCUCAGCGACCAAUCUACGAUAGAGAAGCAAGGAAACUUGAACAAUAAGGCCGCAAGUCCAUCCGAAGCAGCGCAAGAAGGCUGCACUCACGUCGAAAUCAGAAUGACUGGCGGCAAAGACGCACCGAUCGAAGCAACAACUCACUCUAGGGCUGGAGAUGCUGUCACGAACGAUGAGAUAGUCGGCGAGUGUUCGAGCAUAAACACUGCGAUACGAGAUACUUCUGAGGUCGCUGGGACGGAUAAAGCUACAUGUACAUGUACAUGCUCGAAUCAGGACAGCGAACAACAUGAAGGCUCGACGAACUUCAUGGGCAACGCCCAAGCAGCGGCUCAGCAGCUCGGCAAGGCAGCCUGGGAGAAUCCUCUCCUCGCUGCAGCCACCGUAGCUACUGGAACUGGGCUUCUCGUUGUUGCUGCUCCCGCGGUUCUUACAGCUCCGAUCAUGGGCCUCGCUGGAGCAGCAGGCUUUACACCAGCAGGGAUAGCUGCCUCUUCUGCUGCAUCAGCCAUACAUGCGAGCUUUGGCAGCGUUGCCGCUGGGAGCAUUUUCGCAACAUUGCAGAGCGCUGCCGCUGGAGGAUACGGAGUGGGCGUGCUGGCUGGCGCAGCUCAGACUGCUGGAGGCGCUGUAGCUGGUGUUGGCGGUGUUGGCGGGGUCCUGACGUACUUCAAGGGGAAGGACAAGCCGCAGCCAGAGUCGACGGAGGAGGAGAAGGAGAAGAACCAGUAG